AUGAUGAGCCGCCGCUUGCAUGAAAGAGAACAUGUUGAAGAAGACCGAAGCAACGAAGGUGAUGAUUUUCUUUGGAGUUUGAAGCAAAGAUCGAAGGAGAUAGAGGUGGCUUUGUUUGCUUCACGGAGGGGGCGCAAGUUUGCACCGAUCAGAAGAGUAUUGCGCGUCUCUCAGCUUCGGUUUCAAUGCAUCUUAACUUUUGGAUUUCGAAGCUGCGAUUUGACCGUGUCUACACCUAAACUUCAUCUUUGGAAUUCAAAGAUUGAGGAUGUAGAUUACACAGUGAUGAAGAAUGAAAAUUUAGUGGUGAUGAUUGUUACUGUUGAAGAUGAACGCAGGUCAAGUUCCAACUGGCCAGUAGGAUUUGUGUUGAAGCAGUGUGAAGAUUAUGGUGAAGAGGUAAGGUCAAACUGUGGGAUUUCGUGGAAGACAUAUGAAGAUUAG